AGGCUGGCCGUGACGCUGGCCCACGUCGUCAUCGUCACGCUCGCUGGGGAGGGCUGGGUCGAGACGAGCAUCCGGAACUUCCUGCCACAGCUGGAGGGCAUCCUGGAAGAGCUCAGGAUAGAGGUCUAUUACUGCCGGAAGUCCGUCCCCGCGCGGUACAUGAGGAUGGUGCACGAGGAGUCCAACGACCUGACCAAGGUUCUGAAGGCGCGCACCAUGACGCAGGUGCUCAAGCACAUCUACGGCCGCACCCGGUCGGGCAGGCCGCGGCACUGGAAGAACGUGCUGAGCAUCGGCGACUCGGCCGCCGAGCGGCUCGCGCUCCAGGACGUGCUGUGGUGGCGACGCCAGAAGGACAGCAGAGGGGCCGACAGAGAGUGCCGGUGCAAGGUCCUGAAGCUCAUCGGCUCGCCCAGCCUGGAGAAGCUCACGGUGGAGCUGCAGGUGGUCGCGAGCUGGCUGCAGGUCUUGGUCCAGCACAACGGUGACAUGGACCUCGAUUUCGAGGAGUUGGACGAGGAUUCGCCAGUAUCUGCAAGCAGGCCUUCCCGGUCGCGCGUGGAGUGGCGCGACGACGGCGGCGGCCCCGCGGACGCUUGCGCCGAAGCGGC